UUUGCUGCUUGGGAAACGUCAAGCGGCGCUGUGCAGCGAGCAACGAGGUCGCCCUGGACGUUGUUUUGUUUGGGCCUUCCGUGGGCGAAAGAAAUUAGCCGGAUAUUUUGAUAAUUAAAGGCCGCCGCGAUGGACGUACUCUCGAGACCGGCGGAAGAAUUCGUCAACGAUGGCACGGUGGAGGAGCUGUGGGCUGUGAAGGCGGUCGACCACGCCGAGGUACACUUCAAUCUCCUGUGCAGUGUCGAUCCGCGCCUGCUACGACUGACUCCGUACGAUGACGAGAUCUACGAGCAGUUCCGGCGGAUGUUCCCCGACAUGGACGUGCGGGUGGUGAACGAAAGCGAGCUGAAAAGCUCGGACGGCAAAACGAAAUGGAGAGCGUACAUGGAGAAGUUCAACCGGUUGGAAGAUUUCAGCUACGGCACGCUGCUGCGCUCGGACGCGGAGGAAGAAUUCCGGCCGGAAAACGCCAUCCUGGUGGUGCGGAUCCAGUUCUGGGCGAUCGAGGUGGCCCGAAACCGGGAGGGGCAUAACGAUAUCGUACGGAUGAAGUUCCGCGGGAGAAAUGUAAACAGAGAUGUGGAAUAAAGUUGCCGAACUCCUCCCCCUGCACGCCCUUUUUGUAAUCACAAA